AAACCCUUAUAAAAGCGCCAACAUUUAUCGGAUUUCUUCUUUCAGAAUUUCGUCAAUACACCACAAAGAUGACGCUAUCAGAGGAGGAGCUCUCAAGACUUUUCAGAGUUCGUAAGACACUGAUGGAGAUGUUGUCCGACAGGGGCUACCUUGUUGGAGAUUUUGAGAUAAACAUGUCAAAACAUCAGUUCCUUCAGAAGUAUGGUGAGAACAUGAAGAGAGAAGACCUUGUAAUUCAGAAAGCCAAACGUAACAACAGUUCUGAUCAGAUAUAUGUGUUCUUUCCGGAGGAGCCAAAGGUUGGUGUCAAGACAAUGAAAACUUAUACAGAGCGCAUGAAAAAAGAAGAUGUUUUCCAAGGAAUCCUGAUUGUACAACAAAAUUUGACUCCCUUUGCUCGUACCUGCAUAAGUGAAAUAUCUACAAAGUUCCAUUUGGAGGUUUUCCAGGAGGCAGAGAUGUUGGUGAACAUAAAAAAUCAUGUUCUAAUUCCUGAGCACCAGCCACUCACUCCUGAAGAAAAGAAGUCCUUGUUGGAAAGAUAUACUGUGAAAGAAACACAGCUUCCUCGGAUUCAGAUCACGGACCCAAUUGCUAGAUAUUACGGGCUAAAACGUGGCCAAGUCGUGAAAAUUAUUAGACCAAGUGAGACUGCAGGCCGUUAUGUUACUUAUCGAUAUGUGGUUUGAACUAGUUUUUGAUGUUUUCAUCAGUUGAAAUGUAAGAAGUUGACAGAACAGUAGUGUAGUUCUUUCUAGAAAGAGCGAUUGAGAAUCUUGAGAACCUUGCGUUUUCUCUACCCCUUCUUAUACCAUGUAAAAAACAAUGAUCCUUUACGUUCUUGAAACGAUAACCAUUGGGUUAACUU